CGGAAAGUGACGUUUGUUGUUUGGGACAUAACCUCCAAAAUUUGCGCGAAAACAUUGACCGAACACAAAACAGUCGCCGCUUUAAGCAGUUUCAAUUUUAUUAGUUUAAUUAUAGAAAUUUGAUUGUUUUCUUAGUAAUUAUCUCAACAUGGUGUCGAGGGAAAUUUGUCCAACAUACAUUGUGCCAUGUGAGAUGGGCAAACGGCUCGGAAUAACCGCUCAUUGGAUCACCGAGGACAAGAUUUCGGUAACAGCUUACAGCAACAAGUUGCUGCAAUCACUCCAGAAUCGGCCUCCGAAUACAUCGGCCGUUAAAGUGUUCCACCUGACGUCCAAUUUCAUUUUGGACGAACCGAUCUUACGGAGUCUGGUAACGGAGUGUAGCCAUGUGUUCCUGAAUUUGCAGCUGGUGCGAAACAGCAACGUUGCAGGAGCCAUCGAUUAUUUGAAAAUCUCCAGAACCUAUCGCAGUGCGAUACGGGCUUGCUUGGAAAAGCUUCAGAAUUUGAUUACUAGUACAGAGUUGCCCAAUGCCGAACAGUAUCAAAACUAUGUCACCAUUUUUUACUCUGUCGAAUGCAUUUGGCAUCUGGUGGAAAUUUUAAUCGUCAAUUCCAAUUCGGUCAAUGCGGUCGUUCCGAAUCUAUUAGAAUGGGUUCGAUUUCACUUUCCAACGGCUGAAAGACUGGCGACGGAACUGCUGCAACAGGGUCGGGAAAUCGAUUCACACGAUGACUAUUGGCCGGUGGUAAAGGGAUUAAUCAUUCAGGGUCAGACAAAUGUGGCCCGUGCCCUGCUGAAACUGCACACCAAUUCCGAGAGCGUGUGUUUCGAGGUAGCGGAUCAAAUUCUGCAAACCAUGCCCGUCUAUAGCGUUUACGGGGGUCUGUCGAUCCAAAAGUUCAAAUCUCAAUGGCAGUACUGGUCGGCCAAUGCCCGGUCAAAAGUGGAUGCCGGUAUCCUUAUGGUGGAACCGGAACUCGAGGAAAUUGUUAAACUGGUUAUUGGCGACCGUCAAACAUGGACUGAUCAGUGUCAAUUCGCAAGUUGUUGGUACGAAUAUUUCCCCGGUUAUCUGUUUUAUACAGAGUCCACCUGCAAGUACUACGAGCUGGGAACCUACGCAAAUAAUUGGCUGUCCCAGUGGAUCAGCACUGGAGGAACGAAUCCCAGCUACAAGUACCUGGACAAAAUUAUCCUCUCGGUUAUGGAGAACAACUUACCGCAGGUGUUGCACAAUAUCCAGAACAUUUGUGACAACAAGUGGUUCGUAACGCAUUUGGUAGAUUUGCUGUAUCACUGCGGUCAGCUGACGCUUUCCACCGGAAGCGCAGACGAGCAAGAUUCGGAAAAACUGUUCCGCGAAUCCUUGCUGUACGAUUUCGGCUGUUUGUUGAUGACUCACAAAGCUGGUCUCUGGGAAGCGGGAUUGGAUUACUUGGAGUUUUCAAGCACCGAGGGUUUGGGAGCUCGUGAAGCACUUCUGGCAAGAAUUCCCAUCAGAAACGAGAAACAAGCUUUGAAGCUGAUCAGCGCCGCCAAGAAAAACGGUUUCGCUUCAGUCGAAAGCGAAAUUUGUAAAGUUUUGGUAAAGAAAAACUUAUCCAAUAAGCUGUACGGAAAUGCCUUGGAAUGGGCUAUUCGAUCGAGAGACAGUUUCUAUGUUUCAGCUGUGGCCAACAUUUUCCUGGAGCACUACUGCAACCAUGGGGAAAUCAUGUGCGAAGAUGUUAUCGCCAACAUCGGUGCCAAAAUGUUCAUCUCUCCUAGGUUGAUAUUCCUGGUAAAAUACUACGAUUUCCGUCAGUUCUAUCGAGAGCGAUCUUUUGCACAGGCAGCCGAACUACUCAUCAAUCUACUGGAUUCGAAAAUUACCCCCAACUAUUUCUGGCCAUCGCUGUUGGCGGACACAAUUCCGCUGUUAGAGUUCAAGGAACCCGUCAUUCCCACCAAGGAAACCUACACAAUUCUGCACCACCUGGAAUGGGAUCUGGUGCCGAUGAUUGAAAAGCGUAAAGAACAGCUCAAGGGAACCACCCGAAAGGUGGCCAACGGUAUAGAGAAAAUGGAAAUCACCGGCGAUCAGAUGAAGACCAACGAAGGUGUUGAAACGGAUUCCGAUCAACAGGCGUUGAUUGAAAAGUUUUCCUCGAACCUGCUGAACAAUUGUACCGACGAUUUGGUUAAGCUGCUGCGGUUAGCUUGUGCCCGUAAUUUGGCAAGAGCGUUCAUCAUUGAAAAUACGAUUGCUGAAUAAGACGGACCAAGAACGUUUAUGCAUUUGUCUGUUUGUUUACCAUAAAACUAAUAAACAUUGAUUAAGUUAUGUCCAUUUUUGAAU